CUCAGCUAAGGCAGGGAUGCAGUUCGUGGACUUUUAUGAUAAAGAAGCAUGUGAAGAACUGUGUUCUUGAAUUAACGUAGCCUGUGAGUGAGCACAGUGAGAAUGGAUGUUUCUCCUGGAACAAAACUUAACAAGCAGUUCCCACCUGGUUACAAUAGUUUUGCUGGUUCUCUUCAGUUGGCUGAUGGCUCAUCACCAAGCGACUUCACCUGUGACCUGAAUAAAAACCACGACCUGAGCCAUCACCCAAAGGAUGUCCCUCUGAACCAGCUGCCCUCUGGUAGCCCACAUUUAUUAGACCAAAGCCUGUCCGAGCUUGAAGACACAGACAAAGACUGCUUCAGUCAAGGCUCACCCAUGUGUGUCUAUGCCCUAUCUGUCUCCUUUACCAUUGUAGUGACCAUUUCUUUGAUCCUGGAUAUUUAUCUUGGGGAGAGAUUGGUGUUAGUAAAGGGUGUGGUGGUGUCGGAUCAUGAGCGCUGCACUGCACUCGGCCAGAGAGUCCUCCUUGAUGGUGGAUCCAGUGUGGAUGCAGCCGUCACUGCUGCCCUGUGUUUGGGUGUUGUGCAUCCACACGUGUCAGGUGUUGGUGGAGGUGGGGUGAUGCUGGUACAUGACAGCCGUAAGAAUGAAACCAGGGUGAUUAAUUUUCAGGGAACUGCACCCAAAACACUUAAAGAGGAGAUGCUGCAAAAUGUUUCGGAACUAAAGGCAGGUUUGCGAGUGGGAGUGCCAGGUAUGCUCCGAGGGUUACACCGUGCUCACAGCCUGUAUGGGAGUCUGUCAUGGGAGGAUGUGGUAACCAGAGCUGCUGCUGUUGCCAAGGAAGGUUUUAAUGUGUCUUUAAGUCUUGCUGAGUCUAUAUCAAAGAUAAAAGGUGAGCAGCUGCCGCAACGUUUCAGGGACAUUUUCCUCCCAGAGGGCCAAGCUCUGCUCCCUGGUUCAUUUCUGAGGAUGUCCGGUCUGGCUGAAGUCCUCGAGGCUGGUCUGUCAAACUUCUACAAUGGGAAGGUCUCACAAGAGAUAGAGGAUGAGGUACGAGCUUAUGGAGGGGUCCUGAGCAGAGAGGACAUUAGAAACUACAGUGUGCAAGUGGAGCAGCCAGUAGAAGGCCUGUACAAUGAAUUUAUUAUUCAGGUCCCUCCUCCCCCAUCUGUUGGUGCAGCGUUGAUAUCAGCGCUCAACCUUUUGGAAGGCCUCCACCUUAAUGAGAGUAGUAACGCAGAAAAUAAAUCACACCACUGGAUUGCUGAGGCUCUGAAAGGAGCUUUGGAUGUGGCCAGUGGUUUGGGUGACCCUAAAUAUAACUCUUCAGUGACCGAGCUGCUCUCCAACAUGCUGAGCAAGAGUCGAGCUGAAAUCCUUCGCCAGAGGAUCAGCUACUCCCCACAGACGGAGCUGGAGACCGGACAGGUGACAGUCAUGGGACCAGAUGGCCUCAUGGUAUCAGUUGCAAGUUCCUUGAGCAUGCCAUUUGGGAGCAGAAUCAUAACACGGUCAGGAGUUAUUCUCAACAGCGUCAUCCAUGACUUCUCCUGGCCAAAUAAAACCCGAGGGCAACUCUUAACCAACCAGAAGAACAGAGUGCAUCCAGGAGAGAGGCCCCUAUCAUCUCUAUUGCCCAUAAUAGUGGUGCCAGCAUGGAAUAGAUGUGGAAUCUACAUGGCACUGAGCAGCUCAGGUGGACAACAGAGUUUGAGUGUGAUCACCCAGAUGUUGAUCAAUGCACUGUCCUUCCAUAAAGACAAAAAUGACAGCCUUUCCCUUAAAGGACUUCAACUUCUGCCAAACAGACUUCUUGUUGAUCCUGAGAUUACAGAAGAGGAUGUGCAGUCUGUGCAUGGAAAAGGUCACAUAGUUCAGAGAGAGAAGACAAACUCUGUUGUCCAGGGGGUCCUGAGGAACGCAGACAUCAUUACACCCAUAACACCUCAAUUAACUGAGAGUCUCUUAUAGUUUUAUUGUUCUCAUUAACUUUGUUUUUUCAUGAAUAUCUUCCAUGAGCAUAUUAUAAAAUGAAAGAAUAAGUUAUGGUAUUGUUGUAUGAUGUCAAUUUACUGUUCUCCGGUGUUUGAUACUCUUAUGUAAUGUUGAUCACCAGCCAACAGUCCUCAAACUAGUACUUUCUACUAAAGAAGGCAAACAUUUCUAUUCAUAGGGAUUGUCUUGGAACUUUUUAAUGAAAUAAAGUCCUCAUACUUGAGCAUCAAA